UUUAUUUACAUGUCUCUGGUCCAUGUUAUGUUCAUAUUUCAUUUGAACUGCACCAGAGUUCAUUUGGAAGCCAACUGAGACCCUUCUCUUCAGCGUCUCGGUCCGCUUGUUUGGUCGCACCAGGUUUCAAAUAGCAGCUUUCACAUUUAUUCAGAUGAACCACAUUAACAGUCUAAAAAAACAUGCCAGAUGUGAACACACCCUAAUACUUCAAAUUCACCAUGAACUGACAUAGAGUACGGAGUGUAGUUUCUUUGAGUCAUCAAAAAAAAUUCCCCCUGUAUUCCCUAAAGAGAACAACAUGGUAACUUUUAGAUGCUUUUAUCUGAGAGCUGUACAUUACCAUACAUUGCAGUACACUAUCAUAUAGAUCAGUGGUUCUGGUCCCUCCUCUGCAGAUUCUGUAGGUCUCCUUCACCUGAUGCACUCAGAUGAGUUCAUAGAGCCAUGUUCUGAUGAUGAACUCCUCAUCUCAAUCAGGUGGAUUAAAACACCAGACAUACAGCAUAUGCAGAGCGGUGGGUUCCCAGGACUGGGGUUCAGAACCACUUGUAAAAAUAACUGUACAUGUCUAGCAUAUAUACUAAGAUUAUAAGUAUUGAGUGUUCAUUUUAUGUUUUUAUAGCAUGGAUGCAUCUAAAGAAGACUCGUCUUUGGGAAGACUUGCAAACGAUGAGACCAGAAAUCCUACUUGCAAAAUGAGAACCGUUGAAGUGAGCAGAAAACCUCACCUGUGUCUGUUUGCUGUACGAGACAUUCUACCAGGAGAGGAAAUCACUUACAAUUAUGGAGACUCAGAUUGGCCAUGGCGAGUCAAGCCUUUGAAUAAAGCAUCAGCAGAAUCCACUGAUAAAAAGCCAGCCAGCAGUUUGCGCCUGCAUAAAUCCCCCCAUUGUGCAGCUUCUGUUUCCUCUCCUGAACUGGACAAGGUAAACAGCAAUGGUCCUCAUAAGCAGUCAGGCAAAUCAAGAACAUCAAGGAAUAAAACGGCGGCCAGUCUCUUUUUUUCUGUAGCCACUCCAAAGUCCAAGUCACCCACAUCACCUUCAACCUCGCCUGUGCAGCCCUCAUCAUCCUCACCUGCCUACAGAGGAGGAGAGUGCAUCAACAAAGCUGCUUGCGAAUGUGGCAUAAAGAACCCUGAAGCACUGUCAUCAACUAGGCUUAGGAAACACAUAGCAACCAUGUCUAAAAUUCUUAACCUUAAUGAGAAUGAAGCAGACCAACUGGCUGAUUUCCUUGGUCACGAUAUCAGAAUCCACAGACAGUAUUAUCGGUUACCAGAGGGAACACUGCAGCUGGCAAAAAUGAGUAAAGUCCUAAUGGCCAUGGAGAAAGGAACACUGUCUGACUACAAAGGAAAGAAACUUGAUGACAUUGAAAUCGACCCAAAUGAGCAACUUGAGGCCCAAGGUGAUUCCAUGUCAAGUGAUGAGGAGGAUUCCAGUGACCUCUCUCAGACAUCAGCACCAGCACCAGUACAGACUGAUCAACCUGUUCAAUCUGAACAAGCUGUUUCACAGGAGGAUCAAGGUUCUUCAAAUGCUCCAAAAAAGAAAUGGGAGGACAGUGAGGUAAAAGCAGUAGAGAGACACAUGAUGAGUUUCAUCAAGACAUGCAAAGUUCCUGGUAAGCAAGACUGUGAAAGAUGCAUUCACGCAGAGCCAGAAGCUUUACGCAGCGAACAUGGACUGGUGUGAAAAAUUAUGUGCGGAACAGGAUCACGACUCUUAAAAGAAAGGGUGGUUUGUAGGGAGGGACAAACACUUCAACACUUUGCACAUUAUGCUCUUUUUGUAGGAAAUGGAGCUAAAUUAAAAGAAAUGAGGAUAAAGGUGUAGAAAUAUUUUGUGGAUGGAAUAAAACAGAAUAUAU